GCCCGGAGCCGUGCACGGGGAGCACUCCCGCGUCCCUGGCCGGGCUCAGCUCCGCAGACAAAGCCCUGUGCACCUCUGAGCAAAAAGAGCGCAGCGCGGCGCCGAGCGGGCGGGAGCGCAGACAAAGCGGGGCAGGCGCCGCAGCAUGCGGGGCCGCGCAGCGCUUCCUCUGCGAGUGGGCUGCUGCCGCCGCGCUCCUUUUUUUUUUUUUUUUUUUUUUUUCUGCGUGUGAGUGUUAUUUUUUUUUUCCUCUCUUCACCAACUUCCUUCCUGCUCCAACUGCCAAAGCUCGAGGCUGAGCGCUGACAGCAGAAGAGGACCCCGGCCGCAGGCGCCGCUCAGCCGACCAAGUGACCAUGACUGAGAAGACCCAAGAACCUCAUGUGGAAGAAGAUGAUGAUGAGCUGGAUGGGAAACUCAAUUACAAACCUCCUCCCCAGAAAACCCUGCAGGAGCUGCAAGAGUUGGACAAGGAUGAUGAAAGCCUUGCUAAAUACAAGAAAUCCCUGCUGGGAGAUGGACCUGUGGUAGUAGACCCAACAGCUCCCAAUGUGGUGGUCACUCGACUCACUCUGGUAUGUGACUCUGCUCCAGGACCGAUCACUAUGGACCUUACAGGUGACAUUGAAGCACUCAAGAAAGAGACCUUUAUAUUAAAGGAAGGAGUGGAAUACAGAGUUAAAAUCCACUUCAGAGUAAACAGGGACAUUGUGUCAGGACUGAAAUAUGUGCAGCACACCUACCGGACAGGGGUGAAGGUGGACAAAGCCACAUUCAUGGUUGGCAGCUAUGGGCCACGGCCAGAGGAAUAUGAGUUCCUGACACCUAUUGAAGAGGCUCCUAAGGGUAUGCUGGCUCGAGGCACCUAUCACAACAAAUCCUUCUUCACGGAUGAUGACAAACAUGACCAUCUCACCUGGGAGUGGAACCUGUCCAUCAAGAAGGAAUGGACAGAAUGAGUUCACCCAGUUUGCCUUCCCCCUUCCUGUCCCCUUACCUCCUGCACCAGUCUCCAGGUGGGCCAUGCCCACCAUGCUGCUCCUUCCUGCCACCAUGGCUGGCCACAGCCCUGGCAGCCCCUUCACAUGAGUGCUGGGGCUCUGUGCCAGCCUUGGUCGAUGCACAGCCCUGCAGGCGGCCUUUGCUGCUUCUUCUGAUACACUGAAAACAACCCAACCGUUCUCACCACCGCCCCAUCAUGACACAUAAUGGGUUAAAUUGGGAAGCAUCUCCCUCCCUCUCUCCCAAUACUUCCUCCUGUUGCCACCAUCCCUCCUGUACCAACUCCGGUCCCGGAAGUGCCUUUUCUAGGAAACAAGAUCACCUGGCAGGGCAGACUGGUCCCUGGAAAAUCCCUAUCUUGAGUUACACUUGCCAUUGUGCUCUGACUCAUUGUAAAUGGUUACUUAUCUCUCAUGAUGGUCUCCUGGUCUGUAUCUGGUGCCCUACCCUGUUAAAAUCCAUCCUUGUGCAGGCAAAACCAGUCAGGGGGAAUGCAGCUAGCUGCUGUAAUAAGACUUUGGUGUCCCAAGAAUAAAACCAGUUUCUUUCUUC